AGACCUUGAAAGCUGGAGCUGAAAAAGAAAAGAGCCAGAAGAAAUUAUAUUCAAGGCUAGACCAAGAAAAAGAAAAAAUUAAAGACUCUGAAAAGAUAUACUUAGCUUCGCUCUCUACCGAAAUACCUAGGGAUAUGUAA